ACUAUCCCAAUAAUGUUUCUCAGUAUAAUUUAUAUAUUUUUUGGUGCAAUUCUUUGUACAGCUACUGUGCAGUACAAUGAAACUUAUCAAAUUUACGAUUUCAAGGCGGAGAAAGAUCAAGCGUUAGUUGAUAAUAAUGAGAAAAUAUAUUCGAACUGUGCCGAGGCAACAGCCUAUUCACAGACUAGUGGAGUCUAUCAAAUUUAUAUUCCCCAAUAUAUUGAACAUCCUUUUCGAGUGGCCUGUGACGCAAAAACUCAAGGCGGAGUUUGGACUAUCAUUUUGAAUAGAAUGGACGGCAGUGUGAACUUUUAUCGAAAGUGGAAUACUUACAAAAAAGGUUUUGGAGAUUUAGAUGGAGAGUUCUUUUUGGGAUUGGAUAAAAUAUACGCAUUAACAGGUGAUUACAGCCAAGAGUUGCUUGUAAUUCUCGAAGACUUUCAGGGAAAAGAAGUCUUUGAGAGGUAUGAGAAAUUUGCAAUUAGCGGCGAAGAUGAAGAAUAUGCCUUGAAUACGCUGGGCAAAGCUAGUGGAACUGCGGGAGAUUCGCUCAGUUAUAAUUAUCGGCAGAAAUUUGCCACAUUUGAUCGGGAUAAUGCAAAUAACUGUGCCAAGAAUCGAAGCGGCGCUUGGUGGUACAACAACUGUUCUGCUGCUAACUUGGCUGGCACAUAUAAUGGGACAGAUAGAAAUUGCAUUUACUGGAAUACUUUUCAUAAUGUAGAGUCCCUUAAAAGGGCCACUAUGAUGAUACGUCCAAGGAAAUCUUAAUCUUCAAUAUUAAUCAGUUAAUCAGUUAUCAGAAAGUUUAAAGUAAUUGUCAUUCAAUAUUUAUCUUUUUAAGCUAGUGAAAGUGUUUUGUCUUUUAUUAACAGUUUUUAUCAAUUUAUUCGUGUUUUCAUUGUUUGUGAGGGAAGCGUUUAAGAGGAACAGUUAUCGAAAGUGCAUAAUACAUUGAUUGAUUAAAUGUGUUCCUGUUGAUCAAC